AAAUCCGGUCGUAUUAUUUGUUAUCAUCCAUUAAAUUGGAAGGAAUGUUUACUAAUAUUAUAUGUUUCAUAGAACUUGAACUGAUCACGUGAUGACGCUGAAUGACCAGCUGGGUAAUUAUGGCUUGUCUCAGUGGUCGUCAAAUUUACAUGUAGGAUUUACUGUGGCUUUACCAAAAGAUCAGAUUUGCGUCUGCCAAGGACUCGAGAGGGUAUAGUUAUAACUGUUCAUGACAAGGUAGAGACGAAUUCAUCUAUGAUGGUGGUCGACGUACGGAUGCUUUUCGUCUCGCAUCAUUGGCUGUUUGCAGUAUUGGCUAUCCAGCAAUAGCAUCGGCACAGCAUCUCCUGCUCCGUUGCUAACGAGCUAUUUGCUUUUGUGAAGAAAGGGAAGACCCCCAAGUUGUAUUUUAAUGUCAUGAUAUGUAAUCGUGACAUUUUUGCUAGCGGCAUAAUUCAUAUGGGCAGUGUACCUUACAGUGUAGCACAGGACAAUCGCAGAUCAGUGUUUGCCAAUGUGGAGUGGGCUCUCCUUUCCCCUGUGUGACAGAUCGUUGGGACGUGCUGUUUCCCCUGAUGCCGUGUAUAAAACAUCGCGAAUAUGAUAGGUUCCCCGGACGUAGUGGCGUUCACUAAAGAGGAUGAAUACGGGGAUUCUUAUCCCGACCCAUUGGCUCUCCCAGAUGAGUUUUCGGUUCCGCUCUUCCCUCACGCUGCUAAUUCCAACCCAUGGGCCAAAACCUCCUACGCCAAGUUCACCAAAGACUUCAUCCUCAUAUCUGAGUUCUCGGAGCAAGUGGGCCCGCAGCCCCUGCUCACCAUCCCGGACGACCCGAAAGUAUGUGGUACAUUCGACCUCAACUACUUCUCCCUGCGGAUCAUGUCGGUGGACUACCAAGCCUCGUUCGUGGGCCACCCGCCAGGCAGCGGCUACCCCCGGCUUAGUUUCGUGGAAGACUCGCGGGUGGUCCUUGGUGACUCUAAGGAGGGGGCAUUUGCUUACGUCCAUCACCUAACACUGUACGACCUGGAAGCGAGGGGGUUCGUGCGUCCGUUCUGCAUGGCCUACGUCUCCGCAGAUGAGAGGAAGAUCAUGCUGCAGUUCCAGGAACUCUCUUUGCGGUUCUCCCGAGCCUCCGAAUGCCUGAAGACCGGGAACAGACGAGCCUUCGCCCGGGAACUUCAAAGGAAACUGCGGGACCUGGAGUACACCCGUGCUGUGCUCCAAAAGGAGGAAGGCUUGCAGAGAGAGGCGGGGCCACAGGGCUGUUACUCCGCCCACGCCGUGGAGAAGGCCAAUGAGCUCGCCAACGUGGAGAAGAGCAUCUACGAACACCGAGACUUGCUGCGUCAGAUCUGCUCGUACCCUCGGCGUGAGCGCCGUGACCCUCACGUGGUCACCUGCCACAAGUGCUCCUCUGAGGCAGAGCAGCUAGCCGACACGUACUCCACCCUCACCACGCCCCCGCACCACGACCACGCUGCCCCGGGGGGGGAGGGCGAGGGCCAGCCGGGUCAGGAGGCUGGAGAGGAGGGGGGGAAGGGGCCAUCCUACAUCCCCCAGCUGAUCAAAGCCAAGUCAGCCAAGUGUUUCGACAAGCGUCUGAAGGACCUGCAGGAGCUGUGUGAGCAGACGUUCUACGAGGCCACGGUGGAAUUACUCAGGGACACUGAGAGGAGUUUCCGGGGGGAUCUCUGUUACCUGCACACACGCCGACUUGACAGGGCACUCCGCAGGAAACAGCAAAUCACCAACUUCCUGUUUGAGGAGGAUCUGGGAGAAGAUGAGGAGGAUGAGGGCGGGGCUCUGAGGCCGUACUGUGCUGUGAACCACAUGGCAGACACCAACACACACACACUCACACACACACUCACACACACCCCUCCUAUCCUGCUGUGCCCUGAUCCCCUGGAGAUGGAGUCCCUGGAUCCCUACCCAGCCUCUGAAGCGAGCCAUGCCCUGGAGGGUGAGCCCAUGUCUGGGGAUGGUCGUCUGGAGUCUUCCCCCUCUGACCAGACCCUGGGGACCCAGGAGAGCUCCGAGGAGACUAAAGGUAGCUUCAGCAGUGAGAGGAGUGCAGAGGCCCAAGGAGAGGGACAAGGCUCCCCAGCUGGCUUGCAGACACACCAUCACACCGCUGACCUGAACCCUGACCCUGACCUGAACCCUGACCCUGACCUGAACCCUGACCUGAGUCUUGACCCAGAGAGGGAGAGCACCAGUGACGAGGUGGACACCAGCCCUGUGGAAGAGGGAGCUGGUGAGGAGGGAGACCAGACCCCCGGUGGCAGAGAGGGAUCUGGUGAGGGGGGAGACCAGACCCCCGGUGGCAGAGAGGGUGACGCGUUCUGUGAGGGUGAAGUUGUCUCCGACGCCGCGUGUGAGGCAGAGCUGGAGUCGUUAGUCCAGAUGGACACAGCAUGCUGCAUGUCCCAGGAGGGCUUCCUCUACGACUCCUCAGGCCCAGAUUCAGUGCCUGGUCUUGGGCUCAGAGCUCCCCUCCGCCCCCCUCACUCCCUGGUGGUUAACCAAGAGCCCCAGGCCAUGGUUCCCCUCCAGGGGGACUAUAUGGUGGGCUCUCCCCGCUCAGAGAGCCCCAUGGCUGGGCUGGAGCUGCCGACCAGCCCUCUGGGGGAAGCUGUCUCCAGAGGAUCUGUGGAGGAAGGUUCCGACUGUACCAUGAGCGUGUCGACGGGUUCCGACCGGGCGACCUCACCUCUGGGCUACGGGGGUGUGGUGACGCUGCGGCAGAGGAAGCGGGCGGGGCAGGGCGCUCUGCGCUUCGUGAGGCAGUACCCGUUUGCCCUGCAAGCUCUGUGGUGCCUCAUGAGUGGGAGGACUGUGGUGGUGCUGGGGGCAGAGGAGGGGAGGGUCCGCAGGCUGGUGUCUGCUCUGGCUCUCUUUGUCCCUGGGCCAGGUCGCUGCGGAGAGAGGGUCCAGCCGUGGCUGUCCUGCCCCUUCACUCUGACUGACCUGCAGAGGUGGAAACUCAUCGGAUUGCAAAGGAUGGUGUCUCCUGUAGGUUCCAGCAUGCUUUGCUCCCUGUCCCGCUACAGUCGCUACAUCUCCAUCCUGGAUGCAGACCAAAAGACGCUGCGCUGCCCCCCCUACCGCGGCCAGCUCCUCACCAACAUGGCCGACCACCGCACCUACAUCCGCAGGGGCUCCACCUACUUCAUGCACGUCCAGAGCACACUCACCGCCCUGGCUGCCAAGGCCUUCCUGUUUACCUUCACCCACCACCUCCACCUUCCCAUCAGCCCCGGGGAGGGCUUGGAGGGCUCGGAGGGCAGGAGAAGCCUCUUCCUGCAGGACCAGCUGGGUCUGGGGGAGGAGGACAGUGGAAUACUGCUCUACCUCAGCCGGCUCAUCACUCAGCAGUACCUGGAGCCAGCCACUGGGGGUGCUACCGCACCCAGCUUUAGUUUUAACUACAUCACCAGCGUUUUAUACAAGAUCUGAGAGGAAGACUUGAGCCGAGGUUUUAAGAGAGGCCUUUCAAUGUUCUCUUCAUUCCUUUCUUUCUGUCUCUGUCUUUCUCUCUGUCACCUUGUAGGAACCCUAAAGGUUGUGUGGGGUGGAUUUUAACUCAAUUGUUUACUCAAGUGUGUAUUUCUGAAGGUAAUAUGCACACACUACAUGUUUGUGUUUAGACCUGAAUUACUCUUCUCAGUGGUUCUGCACCACACAUUUGAACAUAUGGUUUAUGUUGAUAACUACAGUAUAUUAAUUUACAUUUCAUCCAUGAUGUAUUCAGAAUCCUUGUGGGAAGGGAACAUGGCUGAAUGUCUUUGAGGUCCUGAGCCAGUUUGCCUAAAGCAUUAGUCCAACUAACCUUUGAACUCCCACCGAUCGUUCACAAGGUUAACCAAUCAGUGUGACCUCAAACGAGGCAAAAGCUAGCCCAUAGAACACCUCAGCCACGUGCUGUUACUGAGACAAACUAAGGUUAAGUUCUCCCUCUGUGUGUAUAUAUCUGUCAUGCUCACAUACAUAACUGUUCUGUCUGUAUUCACCUCAAAGAGUCUCACAGCACAUGAUAAUUUCUUUUGUAAUCUCACUUGCAAACGGCAGACUGCAGGUCUGGAUUGAAUAGUCAACACCGUACACGCCAAAACACCCAACUUCCCGUCCAUGGUGUGUGGGUGAUGCUGAUGCAUGGGAAAGUGUGUGUGUGUGUGUGUCGUCCUCUCCACGUGAUAGCUGCAUGUCCUUAGAAUCACCCACAUUACACCGCUAAGAUCACUGCGACCAUCUCCAUAGUGACCAUCUCCAUAGUAACCACAGGCUGGAGGUACUAGGGGGUGCUGUCGUGUAAGACAGUUUUAAAGCUAUUAAACUUAAUGUAUUGAACUUCACUGUUGUCUUAAAAGUUGUGUGAGAGUGUUGUGGUGUCAGCAUGAAAUUGUAUUGUGACAGGGUGGAACACUGUAAAAAUGUAAAAGAUGUUUUCCGUUGGUCUUUCGAGAACCAGAUCCGUCUUAACGCGUGAGAUGAAUGCCUUUGUGUUGUUAAUGUACCUGGGGACCUGUGGCUGUCGCCGUGGUGACCAGCUCCUGGUCCACUGCUGUGAAGCAGACCAUGUAGAAGGCUAGCUGCAGAUGACAGCCUACAUGUUAUACUGAUAUGGGUGUCAAGACAGUUAGGGCUCAUCGUAGUCUCUGUUCGGGACUACAUGAAAUGGAUAUGAAUUCUAUAACUGUUUCAAUCAUCAUUAUCUAGUGGAAACUGAAAUGUAUGUAUCUCACAGCAACACGAGUAAAUCUUAACCAGAUCAUUCCAUUACUCUGAAUUGCUCUCGAACUCUAACUAUUUCUAGUUUGAGGGCGCUCUGUGGGAACACGGUGUAGAUCUCUUUGCCACGUCUGAUGUCUUAAACGAACAUGAUUUUAGUUCAGUUGUACUCAGAUGCUACAGAUUGUUUUUAAUGCAAAAAUAAAUACUGAAUGUAACUUUAAGAAAAGCCAUACCAUAGUAAACGCAGUGUUUCCUAUCAUGUAUAAUUUAUUCUGCUGGAGCCUUAGUUACCUGCUGUGGGGAAAUGACUGCGUCCUGUUUACCAAGCGCCAGUCACACAGCAGGGUCUGGAACUGUUGAAUGUCCUUUUACGUCCCGUGUUCAGUUCCCAUUAAAUUAUUUGUGAAAUUGUGACGUCAACACCUGUGAGCGCUGGAGCUAGCAGCGCUGGAGCUAGCAGCGCUGGAGCUAGCAGCGCUGGAGCUAGCAGCGCUGGAGCUAGCA